AUUGCGUAAAACAAACUAGUCAUUUGGUGGUUUGAAUUGUCACAUUGGCCAGCCGCUUACACACCACCAUGGCCGAAGGGAAGCAGCAGCACCACCUCUUCCACCACAAGAAGGACGAUGAAGACGCCGCCUACUCCGAGAUGGCCACCACGUACGCUAGUGACGGCCCCCGUGGUGGCUACACCGAGGUGACCAGGGUGGGUGUGGGCCCGGGGGGUGUCGAUUACCAGAAGGAGGAGAAACACCACAAACGCCUUGAGGAACUCGGCGAACUUGGCGCCGUCGCUGCCGGUGCUUACGCCGUGCACGAGAAGCACAGGUCGGAGAAAGACCCCGAGCACGCCCGCAAGCACAGGGUGGAGGAGGAAAUAGCAGCGGUGGCAGGGAUCGGAGCGGGGGGCUAUGCUUUCCACGAGCAUCAUGAGAAGAAGGAGGAUAAGAGGGAAGAUGAGGAGGCUCAUGGAAAGAAGCAUCACCACCACUUUUGAUUUACGAUAUAUAUAUUGGUAGGAGGCGUCCUACUUAAAUAAUGAGUUUUGCUAGCAUAAUAAUUUUUAGGUUAUUAACAACUUAUUCUAAGUUGGAAAUUUUUGAAUAAGUGAACUCAUUAUAAUUUAUAAUUAUUUAUUAUUUGAUUUUUUUGGUUCAGAACAUAAUUUUGUUACUGUCACCCAAUAAUUUUGUGCAUGCACUUUGUUGUUAUGUGGUCUCUGGCUCUCAUGAUUAGUCAGCUAUGAAAAUGAAAUGCAUGGAGUUUUGCUUCUCAGGUAUGUCAUCUCUCUCCCCCACUCCUGUUUUACCAUUUCAGAGCCGACCGUGACAAGUGAUUGCAAAUCCUUGUGGCCAAAAGCAAGGGAAACACAAAUAGAUAUGCCAUCCAUGUCAGAACUUUAUGCGAAUUACUU